CACCCGUAAAGCGAAAAGCUAUACGCACGACAGUUUUGAGAGCAUCGUCCCAAAGUAUGGUUGGGGCAAAAAAUGGCAGAAUGAAGUUUUCGGAAAUAUUAAUAUUGGCUUUGGUUGGGCUAGGAUUAUCUCAGAUCUGCGUUCAAGCCGAUGAUCAUGUCUUUGAAAAGUUGGGCGAACUUGAAUUCCAAUGCCCAGAUGGGUGGAUCAUUCACAAAGCCAACUGUUAUAUGAAAGUGGAUGUUGAGAUGACGUUCAACGAGGCGUCCACGACGUGUUACCUGGAGGAUGCUCAUCUGCUGUACUUGGCGAAUGAGAUUGAACACGACGAGGUCAUAGCCCGCAACGCGCCAGGAAUGAACAUAUGGAUGGGCUACGAGACGAACGGAACCCACAUUGGUCGUAACGUUACUAGUUUCCACACUCCAAGCGAUCGGAUUCCACGUUGGGCUGACUACGAGCCCGCCCCAAACAUGCACGACAUUGACUGUAUUCUGGUCGACUAUAAGAAGGGGCUUAUUGUUAGAGCGUGCGACGAGAUGCAUCCUUUCUUCUGUAAAAGAAGGGCUUGUCUCAAAGGUUACAUGUCCUGCGACACGGCUACGAAGUGUGUUCCUGAGGCGAGAAAGUGUGACGGGAAACUUGACUGUUUGGACACUAGGGAUGAAUUGAACUGUCCUAAUGAUAUGAACUAUAUAGACGUGGAAACCUCGGAAAGUUUUUCUACUCGCACACUGUUUUCUGGUCAGCAAAGAAUUUGGACAAUGAAAGCUCCCAUUGGACUACGAAUUAAACUUUACGUGCCCUCUAUGACCCUCGAAACGAAUGUGGCGUUUUUAGAAGUAUGGACUGGUAAUCCUACAUUUGCUGUUUCUCGGCUCAUAAAGAGGUUUACUGGAACUGUAAGUGCGGGCGUUUAUCUGUAUUCAGAUAACAACUACAUGACUGUUCGUCUGUACGCCAACAACCUACAACAAAACUUCAACGCAAAAACAUUGAGUUAUACCGCAGAUAAUACAAACAUAUUUCUUGGCUACAAGGACCUUGACGCUACCAGCGCGUUGAAAUCGCUGACCUUCCCUUACCAGGGAAUGGAAUAUAAACCAGAAGGUCUAUACCUGCGUUGGAGAAUUACAGCUCUUGGCGGAGAUUAUAUUACGUACUAUGUUGAGCCAAUAGAUAAGACGAAACCCACAUCAGGAAAGAUACGCGGCGGGAUGACAUACCUAGAACCGGGUGAUGUCCGAGUGACCGGACGUAAAGAACUGCACAUCACAAUGGAAGGCGUUCCUGAAAAUCUCCAACUUAUGUACAAAUCAGGCUGUGGUGACAUUACGCUGAUGCAUGAGUAUGGUACAAUACAACUGUUUGACGAAAUUAUUCCAAACAAUGCAACGUGUACGUGGACAUUAAAAGGGGGAGAAGCGGUUGGUCGAGGACUGGCGUUAAAGUUCAUGAACGACCUGUACGACGAUCCACGUACAACAUUGGCAACAAAGUCCAUGGAUGUCUUUACGAUUGAAGGCUCAGGAGGGACUAAGACUGGGGUGGAAAAUUAUCCUGAGAUGAUUUACCAUAGUUCGGAUGGUACCUUUAAAGUCACUUUUCAAUCUGAUGUUGCCCUUAAUUCAAAGAGUUCUAGUUUCGACUUCGGAGCAGACUGCCCAAUGCUUGAUGUUUCCGAGCAAACGGAAAUGGAUAAAAACACGACUUACUUUAAUGAAGAUGUUCUAUUGACAUGCCCUACUGGAUACGACUUUCACCUUGAGAAAUAUGCACCCAGCGCGUCGCUUACACUAAGGUGUACUAAAGGGUCAUGGUACAUUGAUGAUGAUAAACUUGCAGCAAUUCCAGAAUGCAAGAUGGUAUUUUGUGGCGCUCCUCCAAAAGUGAACAAUGCAUAUGUUACUGUUGCCUCUGGCGGUUCAUAUAUGUCAGUCGCUACCUACGCUUGCAAUCCGGGAUUCAUUAUGGCGGGCGGACCAAAUGCAACCUGCAUGGAUAACGGCGAGUGGGAGGGACUACCGGCAUGCUCUUCUUCAAGCUGUCCUGAAUUAAGGGACGACAUCCUACCAAAUGGAAAGCUAGAAAUAAUUGGAGGCAACGCUUUCUCUGGUGGAAGCGCUGAUUUUGACACAGUUGUAGAAUUUAUCUGUAAUGAUGGCUACGAAUUGGUGGGUACAGUACGGACCCACUGCAAUAACGACGGCUGGACGCACGGAAAUACUCCUCCAACGUGUAAAGUACUUUCAUGUCCGAUACCAAGCAUGCCCAACGCGGAAUACAAUCUUGAUGGAGAAGUUAACUUCGGAGACUCUCUGACAGUUUCUUGCAAACAAGGGUUUCAGUUCAGAGACAGAUCUGAAAACACACCUUUCAAUAUGAACUGUCAAGCAAAUCAAACCUUUGACAUGGUGGAUGAAUGUAUUGAUAUUGACGAAUGUGAAGCAGGCACUAGUGGCUGCAACCUCGACUCAACAGCAUGUAGGAAUACCAUAGGUGACCGCGAGUGUAUCUGCAAAGAUGGCUUUCACAAUCCCAUUGGGGUUUCUUGCUCAGAUAUCAACGAAUGUUUAGUAAACAACGGUGGCUGUUACGAUAUGGCCAACUGCGCAAACGCCCCAGGCACAUACAGCUGUACAUGUCCCGAUGGUCACAAACUGUUUGAAACGAAUGGAGACCAGGGAUUCACUCUGCAAGCGUCCGAGACUGGACUUGGGGAAAACGAUAUGUAUCGAAUCAACCAUACAUGUGUCCCAUUGAAAUGCCCUGGGUUGCCGAAUAUCCAGAAUGGAUGGUACUUGACCAGUGAGAAUCAGUUUCAUUUCAAUAAAGAAGUGGACAUUCAUUGUGAAGAUGGCUAUUUCUUUGCCAGUGGUGGAACUACUACAUCCGUCACAGACGGCAAAUUAACAUGUACAGAUGCCGGAGGCUGGGACAUAACACCAUCAUGCUCUCCACGGGAGUGUAUAUCACCUGUUCAGCCGCCAUUGAAUGGGAUGUAUGACACAGAAAAAGUAGUUUUUGGGGAACAACUUACGCUCACCUGUAAUCUAUCUGAAUCAGAGCAGGUUACUCGACAAGCUAUUUGUUUGUACAAUGGCACGGAUAAGGGAGUUGUGUUUGGUGGAGAUGAUAUCACCGUCUGUCCAGAAAUCAAUUGUGGAGACCCUGACGAUGUAAUGCCGCAAGCAGGAACCUACGCUGGCAACAUACCACCGACAUUCACCUACUGGCCAGAAACCUCGAAAUUCACAUUCGAUUGUUCAGCUGGCUCUCGUGUCACCGGAAAAUCCGAAGACGAAGAUAUGGAUGUCAAGUGUAAAGCAAAUGGCCGAUGGAGUUUAGGAUCGUUGGGAUGUUUAGGCGAGAUGUGCAUGGAUCCUGGAACACCAGGAGACGCCAAUCAAGUCGCAUCAAGUUAUGAAAUAGAUGCAACACUAAGCUAUGCAUGCACAAGAACAGGAUUCAAACCGACAGGGCCAGAAAACUACACAUGUGAAUAUAACAAUGAUGCAGCAGUAUGGUCAGGCAAUCUGGACAACGUUCUUCCUACGUGUGAGGACAUUACAAAACCGACUUACGAUAAAUGCCAGACAGAACCACAGACUGCAUUUAAAAUGGAAUCCGCAGAUUUUGAUGUUCCGACAUUUAUUGACAACUUUGCAAUUAAAAGUGUUUCUAAAACUGGCCUCGCUCGCCCUGCAGAUGUUUUGACAUCGAAUGAAACAGUAACGUACACAGCAAAUGAUUUCAAUGGAAACUCAGCGACUUGCUCGAGUUCUAUUGUAGUUUCAGAACGCAAGAAACCAUCCAUUGAUUGCCCGUCUGAGAAAAUCUUUAGUGUCGCGGUUAGGACUGAAACUGUGUACAAUGUGAGCGAUUGGAAGCCACAAUUUUACCAGGAGGUGGACGCUCACACUACAGAGCUUUUAUCCAUCGUGCCAAAAUCUGUGACAACAGCUGUAAGCAAAAUAGGGGCUUCGGAUGAAAUCGUGGUGACCGUAGGGUUUACAGACGGGGCAAAUGUUGGCGAAAAGGCACUAUGUAAAUUCCGAGUAUUCUAUGAAGCUGGUGCUUGUUUUGAAGAAAGCUUAUUUAAUGACAGUUUUGCAAACACAAACUGUACGGAUACGGCAGGUGGAGGGCUACAAUGCACUCGAACAUGCAUGGAUGGAUAUGUGUUUGGAAAUGGAGGCACAUCAAAGACAUUCAUCUGCAGUUCGCCUAACACUUGGGACUUUAACCAAGCGGACCCAAGAAAUCGUUACUGUCUCCCAAUACAAAACUCAGACGAUACCAUCGACGUGCAAGUAAUCUAUGAUUACGACUUUUUGAACCACAAUUGCUUUGGGAAUUUUUUUAAUAAGGUGAAUGGUGAGCUUAGUACCUUUGAAAGCAACGUUGGGUCAUCUUGCAAUCUAAACUGGGAGGCACAAGUCGUUACAGCAGCGUUGGUUCAAUCAGCUAAGUUUUCAGCGACGUUGAAACUGACUUUGCUUUCGUCGGCAACAACCACUGAGAAAAACAUAUGUUUGCACAAUAUACGUAAUAACUCAGCAUUGUUUAACUUCGGUAAUACUAACUUGCAAUGCGGUACAACAAUCGCGGCAAUAAGUGUUGAUUCAGCUGAUCCCGGGGAUAUUAAAGUUACCUGCAAAGAGAACUAUCACUUUAAAGUGACAAGUGCUGACCUAGCUGUUGACGUUUGCGUUCCAUGCGGGCCAGGUCUGAUUAACAGUUCUACGUCACAGUCUUGUGAGGCAUGCCCUGAUGGCCAGUACCAAGACAAUAACAUGCAGACAUCUUGCCUAUCAUGUAGCAGUGGUUCAUAUCCAAGCGCAGCUAGAACAAAUUGCAAAGUUACAUGCCCGACGGGAUAUACAUCAACCGAUGGGUUUUAUCCCUGCACACCAUGCCCUGCUGACUCGUACUCGGUGAAUACAACAACAUGCGUACAGUGUCAAAAUGGAGGGUCGACAGUCGGAGUGCCAGCUGCCUCGUCUGCACAGCAAUGUUUUGAACCUUGCCCGGAGGGACAGUAUUCUUUGUCUGGAUAUAUGAACACAGCAUGUAAACCAUGUCCCCAACACCAUUACCAAGCUACCCCUGGGAUGACGUAUUGUGACCCAUGCUCUACUUCUCAUAUGACAUUACAAACGGGAAGCGUGAACAAUACAUUUUGUCUUCUAAUAGAAGGUUGUAACAGUGCUUACUGCAACGACAGAGGGACGUGUGAAACAGCAUUUGGACGGAAGAACUGCCAGUGCAAUACUGGCUACUAUGGCGAGCAAUGUGAAAGUAUUUAUCAUAUCUGUAACGGAAAUCCUUGCACAAACGGUGGGACUUGUGUGCCUGGAGACGGCCCAAUGGAUUAUACAUGCACUUGUAUGGCGGGAUUUACCGGCGAUAAGUGUGAGGUUGACAACAUUGACAACUGUAACAACUCUCAAUGUCACGAAAACUCGCGAUGCGUGGACAAAAUCAACGGUUAUGAGUGUAUUUGCUCUUCUGGUGGAUUCGGUGGUCAAUACUGUAGUACGUCAACAAAUCCCUGUGAUGAUUCACCAUGCCAACAUGGAACAUGCAAACCUUUUGACAAUGUUCGAUAUGAAUGCACUUGCCAGGACGGGUAUGAUGGCAUCGAUUGUGACAAUAAUAUAAACGACUGUAACGCACACCCCGAUGCAUGCAUGUAUGGUGGAACAUGUGAUGACCGUGUGAAUGGAUACGAGUGUAAUUGCAUGACCGGUUUUACGGGAGAACACUGUGAGAAUGUACCGAACUACUGCUUACCUGGUGACUGUCAAGAGGGAAACGUUUGUUAUACCAGUUUAGAUGCACAUGAUGGUGUUUGUUCAUGCGAUACUCGUUUCUUCGAGCCGGUGUUCAUCUGUGAUAUGCAAGACACAGCUGGGAAAAGUCUGGGCGACCCUGAGGCUAAUGCUAUAGGUGGUGUGAGGAUUGUGCAAUCUAUUCAGGAAUGUAAAAACUUAUGUCAGUAUGAACCUGAUUGCGGCCAUGCUAUAUAUCAGGAAUUUGCAGCCAGUAAAGCAUGCCUUCUGUACAAUCGAGGCACAAUAAAUGAAACAGAUAACGCAGCUUCAACUCUUAUCAAGAAGGACUGCAGCAUUGAAGGAAUUCAUUAUGACUGUAAUAGAAAUGCAAACCCCUGCGAUAAAAUUACUUGUGACAACAACGGGACCUGCUCGGAUAACGGCUAUGUAGCUACCUGCCUAUGUGCCGCGGGCUUCUUGGGUUCUCGAUGUCAGUACAGUGUAGACGAUUGUGUUAAUAACAAUUGCCAGAAUGGUGCUGUAUGUGAAGAUGGCUAUCUUGGUUUUACAUGUGAAUGUCUUGCGGGAUAUGAAGGAAACCAGUGCGAGACAAAUACUGAUGACUGUCCUGGACUUUGUAACUCUACACAGGGAACAUGUCAGGACCUCGUUAACGGCUACGAUUGUGUCUGUGAAGCUGGAUAUCAGGGUAGCAAUUGCGAGCUGGAAAUAGACGAAUGCCUCUCAUAUCCGUGUACACAUGGAGCUGAUUGUGAAGAUAUGGUCAAUGACUACUCCUGUAUGUGUGAAGAGGGCUGGACAGGCAAGAACUGCGACACGGAAAUAGAUCAUUGUAAAUCACGGACCUGUCAAAAUAGCGGACAAUGCUUCAAUCUACCGGAGUCAUCAUUUUGCAGAUGCGAAGGCGGUGCACUUGGGGAGAACUGUGAGAACGCAACAUUAGUAUGUGAUGUCAUGAGCGGAACUGACGUCUGUCAGAAUAGGGGUCUGUGCACAAACAAACCAGGAACGGCCUCGUGCGAAUGUCCUCCAGAUUACGAUGUGAGGCGGUGCUAUUUUGACGAAGGAAGUGAAGGAAGAUCUGGAGGUCAACAGACUACAAGUGAACCGUUAGAAGUAGAUGACCUUGAAGCAUGUAAAACCAGAUGCUUAGAUAAUCCAAAAUGCGACGAUAUGGUGUAUGUGACAAUAUUCUCAUAUUGUUAUUUGUAUGAGCGGGAGAAGUUUGUGUCUACACCAGAUGAAUCUACAAGAGUCCAUUAUCGAAGAAUUUGUCCCACAGAUUAUACAGGAGACUCGUGCGAACAAGUAAAGGAUUGGUGCUCCGACGAAAAUAACCCCUGUGAGAACGGAGGAGAAUGUACGCCAAAGGGACCCGUUGGAUAUACGUGCAUGUGUAAGCCAGGGUACAGCGGUGUUACGUGCAACAUUGACGCUGAUCCUUGUAGUACAACCCCAUGUGCGGGCGUAGCAAAAUGCCAGUCUACGGUAACGGAGCAUAUCUGUCAGUGUGAACAGGGUAAAAUAUUCACCGGAAGCCAGUGCAGAGAUGAUCCCACAAGACCAGUCAUUUUAGUUAACAAUUUAUUUGGUGUACUUGACGCGCCAACCCUACAAACACCAUUCCGUUGGACCACCCAAACGAUUUCUAUAAUGUUUAUGAUCAGAGUGCAUGCUAGUCCUGACAAUGAAUUGGCGAGUUUGUUGAAUAUUUACGUGCAAAAUUCAUUAAAUCCAAACUACCAGGAUUAUAUGUACUGGAUAUCCGUUAGUCGCAGAGGAAUUGGGGUUAAAACGAACAUGUCUCCUUGGUUGGGUGUCACGUUUAACGAAGAUUUUGGAAGUGAACUCGGGGAUGGGAGCUGGCAUCAUUUGGGUAUUGCAAUAAAUGAGAAUGGUAUGCUGUCGGCCACUUUAGAUGCUAUCACGAUAGACGAUGCUGUUGAAGUUGUAUCCCCUCCGGCGGGGGAAAAGAACGUGCAGAUAUCUCUUGGCUAUUUGAAUCUAGCCGAAUAUCAGGAUGUAUCUGUAUGGAACGUAACUUUAACGAGCCGCGAUUUCGCACUAGCGUCUUAUGGCACUCAACCAUCUGUUAAUCCUAUACAAGGAUGGUGGAACUAUGACCCUAAGACCUCAGGGAUGCGUCUGACAAAACGGUUGCUGCAUAAUCUUCUAGAAGAUCCGAAUAUAAACUUCCCGCAGAUGAACUGUGAUGGUUUUGAAAACAUAAUGCAUGUGUCUGCUGAAAGAGUUGUAGACAGGGAUACAUUUGUCGGCAAGAUUGAGGAGGUCAAAGAAAAUACCAAUGGAACUCUUACUUUCAAACACUCCCUUCCACCAAGUCUGACAUGGGGAUUCUAUGAAACAGUUAUUGUCGGUAUGAAUAGUAACACCCUCAACUACGGAGAAUGCAGAGUGCAGCUUGUGGUAAAAUACAACGACGAAUGUCCAGCAGCUCGAUCAGACAACGCCCAGAUAGAAGUAUGUCCUUCAGGUGCAGACGCCGUGUGUGAUCUCGCGUGUUUAGAACCAAAUAAAGCACUAUUUGCACCUGUUCCUGAAUAUAUAUCUUGUGGCACGCUUGGCGUAUGGGAUACAAGAAAACCGUAUGAUGAUCUCGUCCUUCCGGGAUGUACAAUCAAAGGAGACCCAAUGUAUGCAGUCACAAGCAUGAUGAAAUUUAAACCAGUGAUACCUUGUGGAAAUUUAGACAUACUCACUAAAGUUACUGUUAGAUUGAACGAUGUGUUAAGCAACGAUGUAAAUGGUAAAAAAUGGACGGGACUUUGCACCGGUGCCAUGUGUGAUAACCUUGCAAUCACAAAAGCAGCCUGUAUCGGCAAUACAGAAAUGUUUGAAGUUGUUUUCACUCUUACAUAUGCAAGCAAUAUGAUUACUGCCGUUGAUGGUGGAGAAACAUCGGUGUUAGAUGCGCUCAGGAUUAUCAUUCUGUUAGAAAAGGAUUUGAACAUGGAGGAAAUAGCUAGUGCAUCCUUACUUGAAGACACUGUUGAAAUCACAAUGGAAGAAGUAUGUGGAGAAGGUUACGCACUCAUGAUGAACGAAAACUCCAGAGCUUGUGUGCCUUGCGGCCCUGGUUGGAAGUUCAAUUCCGAGACAAAAGAGUGUGUUCUCUGUGAUUAUGGGCAUUACCAGAACGGCAGUGCGAAAACAGAGUGCAUUCCUUGUGGGAAUGACAAAUGGACGAAUUUCCGCGGAGCUAGAGAUGAAAAUGAAUGUAUAAUAACGUGUGAAGUUGGAACAUACUAUGAUGUUGACGAGGGACAAUGUGUGGAUUGUAAGCGACAUUAUUUCCAGAACAUGACUGGGCAGGACUACUGUUUCCCCUGUCCUCUGGGAUAUAAAACAGUCGGAAAUCGUUCUACCAGCAUUGCCGCUUGUACAGAGGACUGCUUUCCUGGUUAUGUUCGAAACCCCCAAAACCUCACAGAAUGUGUUCGAUGUAAUAGAGGGACGUUUAGGAGUACCCAAGACGAUUGCGUUCCUUGUACAGAUGGAAAGUACACCUUGGAGGAUACUAUUGCAAUGGACUCGAGCAACUGUGACAUGGAUAUUUGCGAUUUUGGAGAAUUUUGGAAUGUUUCUGCAAGCAAUUGCCAGAAAUGUGAUUUUGGGUAUUAUCAAAAUGAAAUGUACGAAUUACAAUGCAAAAUGUGUGCUUCCGACUAUUCCACAAAAGACAUGGGCGCGCAGAAUGACUCUUUCUGCGAAUUUUUCUGCCCUGUUGGCGAAGAGUUAACGGAUGGUACAAAUUGUGCUAGCUGUGAACGGGGAUUCUUCAAGGAUAAUGUUGGUCUAAACAAGUUCAAUCCGUGUCAAGAAUGCAGUACUGGGAAAACAACAGAAAAAACAGGAUCAACCUCGGAAUCUAACUGUUCAAUCCCUGUUUGUUCAAAAGGGGAGUAUAUUAAGAAUGGCGCGUGUGAGGACUGUCCACAGGACCAGUAUUCUGAUGAAGUAUUACCUAAUUCUGGAACAACAUGCUCGUCGUGUACUGCAAGUGAAUUGGCUCUUGCCGGCCCUGGUGACGGAAUGUACGGGACAAACAAAACUGGCUCUUCCAGUUCGGAUUGUAAACGAUAUUGUGCUAUUGGAUAUGGACGCAAUACUAUCAAUGCCUACGCAUGUGAUAUUUGUGAGCGUGGUUUCUUUAGCGACAAUUCUGCCGACACACGUUUUUAUGGUUGUCAACAGUGCCAAGGGGAUGCUAAUGGAGACAGAACAACGAAUGCCACUGGCGCAACCAGUAGCGAUGACGACUGUUCUGUGUAUAAAUGUGGACCUGGAGAGAUCAGUACUGGGGGCGGAUGCGAUAAAUGUCCAAUAGAUACGUAUCAAACAAUGGACCACCCUUAUUCAAGUACUGUGUGUCAGCCGUGUUUGAACAAUGGCAUAUUUGAAACCGGAACCACAGCUACAGGUGUUUCUAAUAGCGACGACUGUACACCCUUCUGCCCAUCUGGGUACAUUAUCAAUGGCGAAUCGACUGGUUGUGACCCAUGUUCGCGAGGAUCAUACAAAAACAACGAGGACAGCCGGUUCGCUGCCGAGUGUACCGUGUGUCCAGAGGGUACCACAACAGACAGCAUGGCUUCUACACAUAGUGACAACUGCAGCAUACCCGCUUGCAACGCGGGGCAAUACAUCUUGAACGGUGCCUGUACCGACUGCCCGAAAGAUACGUAUUCAACCGAGGAACUCCCCACAUCCGAGACGGAAUGCAUGAGUUGUACCGAUGAGUGUGACCUUUGUGAAACUCGGGGAACUGAGGCACCCGGUGCAAGUAGUGUUGAGGAAUGCAAAGUGAUUUGCGCCGCUGGUAAAGAAUACAUAGAGUCAAGCAACACUUGUGAUGACUGCUCAAGAGGAACAUUCAAGGAAGAUGCAGACAGAUUUGGCAUGUGUAAAAACUGCACGAACUCUGAUUAUACAACCCCCGGUGAAGGGGCCAUGUCAAAUGACGAAUGUGACAUCCGAGCUUGCGCACCCGGAUAUAAGAUAAACGGGCCUAACUGUGAGGAAUGCCCUCUAGGAACAUAUCAGAAUCAAAGCUACCAAUCCUUUUGUUAUCCAUGUGGAACAAAUCUGAAUACAGAAGGACCUGCAUCAGACAGUGCCAAUGACUGCCAACUGUUUUGUUCUGCUGGUCUACAAGCCACAGCUGAGAAAAACGACUGUGCCAGAUGUCCGGAACACACCUACAAGGAAGUGGAGGGAUUUUCCCCAUGUAUAAACUGCCCAACAGACACAACAUCUUUUGAUAAUAGAACGGCCUGCGGGUUAGUGUAUUGUUCGGCCGGUAAGCGGUUGACACCUGAUGAGACCGGAUGUGAACCAUGCGGUGUUCGCUUCUACAAACCAGACGCUGGUAAUACGGAAUGUUUGGAAUGUGACGAUGGGCUUACAACAGACCGAGAAGGACAGGCUUCUUGCACGAAACCCUGGUGUGUACCUGGUAAAUAUCUGAGCGGGGAAGAGUGUGUCUUGUGUGCAGAGGGAUCGUACAAGGCUUCUCACGGUAACGACGUGUGUACGGAAUGUGCUUCGGGCUUUACCACUUCCAGAAAUGGCUCUACCGCUGUUUUAGAGUGUGAUACAGUCGUAUGUCCCGCUGGUCAAUUCCGAGAUCCAGGCCAAAAGGAACAGUGCAGCCUUUGCCCGGUAAAUACGUACCAGCCAGGGGUAGGCGAAACAAUGUGCAUUAACUGUGAAGCUGGACAAAUUACAUUAGAGGCAAAAUCAACAAUGAACACGGACUGCGUUCCUCUCUGCGGGAAAGGUGAGCAGUACAAUGCAGUAACGAAGGAAUGCGACAAAUGUGUGAAGGGAAAAUACAAAGAUGUCGAAGGAAACACGGAAAUGUGCAUGAUGUGCCCCACUGACAAGACGACACUUGGAACCGGCUCCACCGAUAGUUCUGAUUGUUCACAAACCCUGUGUCCUAUUGGUACCUACUAUAAAGUUACCGCGGGAACAACCCAGUGUAUUCCAUGUGAAAAAGGUACAUACAACGCAAGAAUCAAUCAACCAUCUUGUACCAACUGUCCGUCCGGAAACACCACACUGCAAUCCGGAAGGAGGUCUCAUGACGACUGUGUUGACCAGUGUAAAGCAGGGAAUGGUUUUGAUACUUUUGAUCAGACAUGCAAAAUUUGCCGACCGGGCGAGUAUAAUGACGCAAUGGGAAAUAACGCUGACUUCUGCAAACAGUGCCCAUCUGGAAAGACAUCCACGCAGUCGGGGGCUAGUGCGUGCAAUGUGGUUGUUGACGAUCCAGUUAUUGAAGAGAAACAAGUUAAUAUUCCAAUGCGACUCGUUUUCUUUGUUGCAUUAGAUUCAUGCGAUGACACAAGCAACCUUAAAAUUAUCUAUGACCUUAUUCUCAAUACCAUCAGAACUCUUUUCAAUGCGAUUAGCAACUCGAGCUACAACAACAACAAACGCGGGUUUUGCCGAGGAAACAAAUGCGACAAUCUCGUCUUUGUUGGUCUCUCUACUUGUGGGGCAAGAGGAAACUCCGCGGGUCGCAGGCGACGUGCUGCUGACACGGAGAUCACAGUCGACUUUGCCCUGAAAAAUGUCAGUUCGUACACAGAGGACAGUAACGACGGCAGUGUUUUGAAAACUAAGGAUGUUGUGGGCAAAAUUAUUACUCAGAAUCGUGAUAAUAUGACUGUCGUGAACGACGAAAUUGUUUUCGGUGAUCUCAGCAAUAUAACGGAGACGCCACUUUGUAACCCAGGAGAAAAGAGAAACAACGAACUAUGCGAGAAUUGUCCUGCUGGAUCUUCCGGGACGGAUGGUCUGGUUUGCAGUCAGUGUGGAACUGGCCAAUACCAGGACGUGGUCGGACAGACCAGCUGUAAGGCGUGUCCGGAGAAAACGUUCAAUAACAAAAAUGGAUCAACGACAGCUGAUGACUGUCUUCCAAUAUGUGGUCCGGGAAAGCAGUUCAACAAUGUUUCGUGUGAUAUGUGUCCAAUCGGUACCUACAAAUCGGUAGAAGGCAAUGCCGCCAUGUGUGAACCAUGUCCAUCUGGGUUUACUACCGAGAACCAAGGAGCUACAUCCAGAAACGACUGCUCACAGAGGGAGUGUGAACCAGGAACAUAUCAUGUUCAAAACUCGGUGCCUAUUACGUGUACGGAUUGUCCAAUUGGAACAUACAGUACGGCGUCGAUGGUUACACAGUGCACACCCUGUGGUACAGGAAAAACAACUCUAGCUACUAAGUCAACAAGUGCAGACGCCUGUACAACAUUAUGUUCCAAUGGACGUGGGUUAAACCUCCAAACGCGCGGAUGCGACACAUGUCCAGUAGGGCAGUACAACGAUGCAAGUUCUGGUGCGAACCCCAACUUCUGUAAAACUUGUAAAAGUGGGACAACCAACUAUCAGACUGGGCAGUCAUCGUGUCCGGCAACUGUGGAUGCAGUGGUGUAUCAGUAUAGAAAGUAUGAAGUAAUGCUGAAAUAUAAAGCGGAUAUCGCCGGCUGUCAUGUUGAUAUAAGCGGCAUUCAGACCCAAGUGUCUUUGGCAAUCAGACAGACGUUUAUAUCUCAACGAGUUGCACGAUAUAAUGGUCAACGAUCCUUUUGUCCAUCUACCACGUGCAAUAAUAUUGCGGUAGAUUUUGACAAGGGUACAAACUGCAAGCUGGUGACCCGCAGACGUAAGAGGGCUCUGGACUACGAAUUAGACUUCUUGGUUUCUCUGUCUAAUAUAAGCAAUGUUAUCACAGACUCUGUUCAAAACGAGGAAAUGAUGGCAAAAGACAUCAUUCUUUUGAUAUUAAAUCAAAAUGCCGCCCAGUUGCAGCCAUCAACCUUGGCUGGAAUAGUACAAUAUGACAGCAUUGUAACAAUAGCAUCGAAGGAGAUAUGUACAUCUGGAAACGAGUUGCGUGGAGAUGUUUGCAACCCCUGCACCCUUGGCCACUACGGCACUGAUGGGGAGACGUGUAAGCCAUGCGCUGCCGACAGAUACCAGGAUGAAACAGGCCAGGCUGACUGUAAACUGUGCCCUGCCAACACAUACAACGAUGACUUUGGCGCAACAGGACCAUUGGCAUGUAAAGACUAUUGUACGACUCACCCACUGUCUUGCAACAAUGGCGGGAAAUGUGUCGCUACCGGCCGGAGAACAUUCACGUGCAAUUGCUACGAAAACUAUGGAGGACAAUACUGCAACGAGAAGAAAACACCAACGUCUAAUAUGCCUGUUAUCCUUGGUGCCGCUAUCGGUGGUGGAGGAGCUCUGUUGAUCAUUAUCCUUGUCGUUGUUGGAUGCUACAAAUAUCUCUCUGUAAAGGACAAGCGCGAGAAAAAGCCAGAUCAUCGCUAUGGAGAAUUUGAUCAACCAAUGUUUGUUGGCACGUAUGACAACGUAGGUUUCAAUGGAUCAAUGCCCCGCCCAAUCGCUCCCUACCCGUCCAUCGGAUAUCCGUCACUGGGCUAUAAGCCCCAAGAGACAAGUUUCGACCACGGAUCCAUCACAAGUCCGUACCGAAUGCGACCCGGUGUGAAUGGCGAUCCUAUUGAUGAAGACGAUGCGCAAUACAUCUGGACAGCAUAAAAAGUGCCAUUGUUAUGAAAGGAAUACUGUUGAGCUUAAAUUUUAAAGAAUGUUUUAAACAUGUUUCUUAAUUUUACAUCUUGAAUAUCAUUAUGUUACAAGGAACAUUGUCAAUAUGCUUAUAAAAGACUAAAUAUCCAUAUAUAAAGUAUCUAUUAAGUAUUGUUUCACCAUUGUUUUGCGAAUAUUAAACUUAUACGAAAAUAGUCAAAAUUGCAACAAAAUAUGGCUUUGAAUAUAUAAGCAAUCAACAGUUUGAAAGGUGCCUGUGUUCAUGGGAACUAUGUGCAUGGAUGGAGGACUAUAUGCUGACAAAGCGGUCUUUAAAGUUGACAUUUAAAAGUCGCAGAAAUUAUUCUUGUGAAACUAGAAGUGGAACUCUAAAUUAAAUAGUGAAAUUCGGGAACUUUAUCAUACCUUUGACAAUGAUAACAUCCGCAAUCAAUCGAUUGCCCUUAUAGAUAUACGUAUUCCGGUUGUAAAAUGAAUUGUAGACAUGAGAGAGGAUUCUAUAUUUGUGUUCUAGUGUUUGUGAAAUUUGUUCAAAACUGCCUUUACUAGGUAUCCUGCUGUUUUUGUUAUAUCAGAGUCUUAAUACAAACGACGUGUGUAUAUAGAUUUAAAUGUUUUUAUAUUGAUAGAUUUUUAAUGAUACUCAUAUUACAGAACGUUAUAAAUACUCGAAUCAUGACGAAAAUAUAUAUUCUUACAGAGAAAGAUUAACAUGAUCUUGUUUGUGAAACAAUAUAUCUUCUCAUUUUGUCGUAGUAAGUAUAGAAAUGUGUGACGUCAUAUAUAUAAUGAUAAAUAUAUUUUUGAUUUAACAAUUUGGAUGUUUUUAUAUGCCAUACUCAUUAAACAAAUGUAUCCAUCAAA